UGUUCAAACCGUUUUAGCAAGGAAACCUAAAAUGUGCAGCUUCCUUGAGUGGCGAGAUCUGAAGAUUGUUUACAAAAGAUAUGCUAGUCUGUACUUUUGCUGUGCUAUUGAGGAUCAGGACAAUGAACUAAUUACCCUGGAAAUAAUCCAUCGUUAUGUGGAAUUACUUGACAAGUAUUUUGGCAGUGUGUGUGAACUUGACAUCAUCUUUAAUUUUGAGAAGGCCUAUUUUAUUUUGGAUGAAUUUCUUUUGGGAGGGGAAGUUCAGGAAACAUCCAAGAAAAAUGUCCUUAAAGCAAUUGAACAGGCUGAUCUACUGCAGGAGGAAGCCGAAACCCCACGUAGUGUUCUUGAAGAGAUUGGACUGACAUAACUCUCCUCCCCUGUUGCUGACUUCCUGUGGCAUUUCACACACUGUAGAUGGUCACUGCCUUCAUGUCCAUGUUAGCUAAUGGUGUAAGAUGUCUUGUCAGUAUUACUGUUUUGCUAAGCUGCUUCAUUCAGGCCUACACAAUUUUUUAAAGGGAAUUUUGGUUAAUCAAAUAAGGGACUUCAUAUAAAUAUGAGUUUGAAAGAUGCAGAAAGAUACCUCUUUUGGAUAUUUUAAAAGUUUUUAAGUCAGUUCCUCCUGAUGAUGUGCAUAUAUGAAAGUGACACAUCUGUAUACAUGUGUGUCAAACAAUUUGACAAUAUGCGUUCCUGUAUUUGACAAAGGACACAAAUUAUAAUGUGAAACUUGGUUUUAUGAAACCAAAGACUAGUGCAGCAUUAUAUAUAAUACAAAUAAAGGGAAUUAAUAUCACAUAUCAAAUGAAAAAUUAACUGUUAAAACCAAAAAACAAAAACCCAAAUUUAUACCAAAGAUCCUAUUGGACUCUAUAUACUUUAAAACAAAGGGAAUACAGACUUUAGAUGACUAAAUUGCAUUGAUGCUGUUUUACACUAAAAGUCCUAAACAUUCCGAGUGAAUGGAACAAGGAACAAAGAUUGACUUUUGUUAGUGAGCACAUAAUUUUUAAGGCCAAGUCACAUUUGACUCUGAGAUGAAUUUUUGUGGUCCUAAUCAUUUAGAUAUUUGUUUGGAUUGCUUUGGAUGCCCUCAAAGUGAGAAUGUCAAUUUACCACAAAUUCUCCAUAGCAGUAUCUUACAGACACAUCUUGCUUUCUUCAUUGUUGCAGAAAGUCACUGUUUAAAGCACGAAUAUUCCUUCUGGAGUGCUUGUUAAAGCCAAAUUUAUUUUGCUUCCCUAUUGCUUCCUUCCAAUUAUAAGUGCUGCAAACUUCACAGCAGCUUCCUUUCCUUCCACAGCACUGCCUAGUUAACAGAAAUCUUAUAAAAAAUUUAAAGACACAUUUCCUGUAACAAAGUGAAAACUGAAUGAAGUAAAAUGGCAUUAGUUGGCCUAUAUUUUUAAAAGUUAUAUAAUGGUUCAGCAUCACUUAUACAUCCUUAUGCAUAUCUCAACAUCAUGUUUAUGGUUUACACUUGCACUUGUAUAUGCUCUGCUGGAUUAAGCUUUGUUGUGAUUGUCACCAACAUUCAGGCCAAGUGAACACUGUCUUAUCACAUUGCCAAUUAGCUGUAAUAAACAUUUAACCUAAAAACACUAGCGUGUUUUUCUCUUUCCAAAAGUUUGACAAACUGGAGAGUUGCUGACAGAAGAUUUUUUUCAAUAAAAUGUUGAAAAUUCCCCCCACCACCCCCUCCCCUUGAGUGUAGUGGUGGAUUAUAAGAACACACACACACACACACACACACACACACACACACACACACACAUACACAGAUGGUUCAGGGAGUCUUGACUUCAAAUUCAGUGUUAAAAAUAUGUGGAUUCCAUGCUACCAAGAGCUUACCAACAUUUUCCAUCAAUAAAUGCCGCUUUAAAAACCUU